CAGGAUCUGAAUCAAGGCAACCCUGAUCUCCACACAGCAGAGAACUACAGUGCAGAAGCCUGGAAACAGAAAGAGCCAAAUCCAACACAAUAUCAUGGCUGUCUCACAUGAUGAGGACUACUACUACCAUGAAAACAUCAGCCUCAACUACAGCUAUGAGGACUAUCCAGCACUGUGUGAGAAGGGUGAUAUCCGAUCUUUCGCUGCCUACUUCCUUCCCAUCAUGUACAGUCUGUGUUUAGUUGCAGGACUGACAGGAAACGUUCUGGUCCUGGCAGUAUACGCUUACCACAAACGGCUAAAGACCAUGACGGACACAUUCCUGAGCCACUUGGCCGUGGCCGACUUGUUGCUUCUCUUUACGUUGCCUUUCUGGGCCGCAGAUGCCGCCAGAGGCUGGGAGUUGGGGGACACCGUCUGUAAAAUCGUGUCGGCCUGCUAUACCUUGAACUUCAACUGCUGCAUGUUGCUGAUGGCCUGCAUCAGCUUGGACCGCUACCUGGCGGUUCUCAGACUGCAGGGUGAAGCUGAAAGAGGGAGAUUACAGAGGCUUUUUAACAGGAGGCACUGCUGGAAAUGGUGCUUAGCUGUCUGGGGAACGGCCUCUCUUCUUGGUCUACCAGAUUUAAUCUUCUCAGAAGUAUUGUGGACAUCACAUAGGAAUGUCUGCGUGGCCAUCUACCCUUCAUCUAUGGCUCGAAGUGCUAAAGGUAUUCUGGAGGUGGCUGAGGUUCUACUGGGAUUCCUCCUUCCUCUCCUGGUCAUGGUGAUCUGCUACUGGUCUGUUGGUCGAGCUCUGAAAAGCCUAUCCAUUGAGAGCAGGGGGAAGAAGUGGAGAGCUCUGCGGGUUCUCCUGAUAGUAGUGGGGGUGUUUGUCAUCACUCAGCUUCCAUACAAUGUGCUAAAACUGCACCGUGCCAUGGAUUUAGUGUACAUAUUUGUGACCCACUGUGGGACAAGCAAGGUGCUUGAUCAAGCAGCCCAGGUGACGGAAAGCCUUGCACUUAUUCACUGCUGCAUUAACCCAAUCCUUUACGCCUUUAUGGGGUCCUCCUUCAGGCAGCACAUGGUGAAAGUUGCUAAGAACUUUGGAGAGAAGAGAAGAAGGAGGCCACAAGGAAGGGAUGAAGAGUUGGACAUGUCGUUUAAUUCUCACAGUGUAACUCUGGAGACAAACUCGUUCUCAGUUUAAGUUCAUCCCAUUGUUCUCCAACUGUUUUACUGGGUUACCUUUAAUGGUCUUGAAAGUAUAUUGUGUCAACCAUGCAUGUAAUUAGCCUGAAGAGUUAAUCACCUGCCAACUGGAGCUACCUACACUACAGCCAAAUGAGGAAACUCUUUAAUCCAAAAUGGACGUUGUUUCAAACAAAAAAUGCUUUAAAG